AUGGCACACUCAACCUGCAGCAGCGACCAAUCGGACAGCACAGACUGCAGCUCACAAUCAAACCUGAGCCUCUCUGUGGGUUAUUUCCCCUCGGAGGACACCUUCUCCCACGAAAACACCAUCUCCUGGGAAGACAAGUCUCCCAAGGGUCUUCCAAUCCUUGUCCCUCCGAUCCAAGGGACAUGGAGGACAGAGAGUACAGGCAGACUCCUGAGAAGACAAGACCAGAUUCGGGACAACCCAAAGCAGUUCUGCAAACUCAGCAUCACCCUGGCCUGGGAUGUUGAUGUGGGCUCUAACAAUUCAGGCUCCGUAGCUAGUUGGGACCUAACUGGAAGCAAUCAGUGGAUCAACAAGUAUCCUGAAGAGAACAGACAACUGACUCUCAGUAAACUGGACAGUCUUGUACAAAAGCUUGAGACAUUUCUAGAAAAUCAGAAAGAUGAUGAAGAUGAUGACUCUGCAUUCCCUGGAUCUGCCCAGGAGGAAGAUUCCCAGUUGUUUGGCAGCCCCCCUCUAGAUAUAGCUCAGGUCAGUCAUCAAGAACAUGAUACUUGUCAGCACGUGUCCCAUGCCUGCCAGCAUGAAGGCAUCAUCCAGUUUCCACAGAUUCCACCAAGACUUCGGGAACAUGAACUUGCUGAGAUGAUAAGCCAGACAACUGCCAGCCAAAUGACAAGCACUAUAGAGACCUCCUCAGUCUCAUCAGGUCAGCCGGAGAAGGAGGACACUCAUUCCAGGACACGGGCCCUCUCCUGUGUGAACUUCAGGUGGGUCUUCGGCUGGCUAAGGCAGCAAGUCCUCUCCUCACUUCUCAGGAGACCACACCGCAAGGAGGCCACUGAGAGCCCUCAUAAGUUGGCACGAAAAAAAAGACUCUCUCACAGAAGCAAGAGAAUCCAACCUCAAGAUUCCCUCGAAUUAGAACACCCUCUAUCGCCAGAUUUUUUAACCUUUUGAUAGCCCCCAUUCUACAAUCCCCAUGAGUUAAUUGUUUUCUAAUAAAUAUAACACUCUUAUCUAGUCAUGUCUUCCUCUUCCAGCCCACCAUCUUGACUCGGGCUGAAAGUCUGUAUGUUGUCUGGAAGUCUGAAAUACAUUCUCUGC